UCAAAGAUCUGGCAUAGAGGUGGGCUGAAUGGCGUCCUGUCAUUCUCUGCUUCUAUAACCUUGAGUCCAUUGCUUUACUGUGGUUCAUUAAUAAGUUGCACAUAUUUUUAUAUAACUUGGAAGAAAUGUCUAGAUUUUUUUAAUGGCAGGAAAUUCUGUAGCUCCUGGUGGAAUUUUGUGAAUAUUUUUACCUAGCUAGACCUAUGAAAUAUUUUAAUUUUGCAAUUAAAUAAAUGGGAAUAUGUUUCAGAAUCUUGUGUAACAUUUUAUUUUUAGGUGGAUCCGUUUCCCAUUUGUUAAACAAGUACGGUGCUUUCAAAGAACAAGUUAUUAUUAAUUACAAUGAGCAGCUGCUGCGUGGCCUAGCUUAUCUCCAUGAGAACCAAAUUAUCCACCGGGAUAUCAAAGGUGCCAAUCUGCUAAUUGAUAGUACAGGACAACGACUAAGAAUAGCAGAUUUUGGAGCUGCAGCCAGGUUGGCAUCAAAAGGGACUGGUGCAGGUGAAUUUCAAGGGCAGCUGUUGGGAACUAUUGCAUUCAUGGCACCUGAGGUGUUAAGAGGCCAGCAAUAUGGCAGAAGCUGUGAUGUGUGGAGUGUUGGUUGCGUUAUUAUAGAGAUGGCCUGUGCCAAACCUCCUUGGAAUGCAGAGAAACACUCUAAUCAUCUUGCUCUAAUAUUUAAGAUUGCCAGUGCAACGAGCGCCCCAACAAUUCCAAACCAUUUAACCCCUGCAUUGCGCGACGUGGCUCUCCGGUGCCUGGAACUUCAGCCCCAGGAUAGACCCCCAUCGAGGGAGCUUCUGAAACAUCCAGUCUUCCGAACGUGGUAAUGGAUACAAUUGCAAAUAAAAGCUGUGCAAGACAAAACUACUGAAACAAAGAAAAUGCCCAGGUGUUGUCCUGCAGUGCACUGUAGAGCUGUAUAAAUGGGAGAACUGGCCUCGGGUUUGAAAUAAAAGCAGCAAAGGCCAAAAGGAGCCUGUCUCUCGGUAAACAGCUGUCAACACAUGGACAAAAUAGUAUGCAAAUGUCUUGUUCCUGCUUGUAAAGGUUGUGCCUUCUUAUUGAUCAGAUUUGUCACUAGUGCCCUGAAAUAUACUUGGAUCUGCCAGUUAAAAGCUGUAGAGCAGUUUGGAAGGACAUUCUUCUGUCAGAGCACUUUUUCGGCAAAUACUAGCAGUUGAGGGGCUCCUUUGAGGUUUUGCAGUUUUUAAACUGCCACUGGUUACAGGCUGACGUAAAGUUUAAGGAUAUAUUCAAAGCACCAGAUUCUCCCUGUCUCUCAUAUUUCGUAUUUACGAAAUGAUUCUGAAAAAGGGUUUUCUGGAUUUAAUACUGAGAUGUUUUGGGGUUCAGUUUCCGCUCUGGACACAGUUGGCAAUAUGGGCAAAAAUUGCGCUAGUUUUCCAAAGUUUUCACUCAAUUCAUUUGCAUAUUGCCAAAUGUAAAAUCUUGCAUGAACCAGCACAAUUGGGCAAAGUUCUUCAGAAAAAAAAUUGCAUUUAAAAACAAAAUCCUUGAUUGUAUGAUAUUCUGAUGGAGUUUUAUUAAUACAGCUGAAAAUAGGUUUAUCACAAAAAGUAAACAUUGUGAUAAGUAAUCACUAUCUUUUUAAGUAAUUUGAUUUUCAAUCACUGAAAAUGACUUUUAACAAGUGUACAAAACCAGUUUACAACAGGUGUAUAUAACUAAGCUUUUUAGUAAAUUAAGUAUUGUUAAGGUUUAAAAUUUUCUGAAGAUACCCAUUAGUGCCCUUGCACCAAAAGAGAGCUGAAUUUUAAGGGCCUAAGUGGGCAAAAAGUGCAAAAACUUGCUGCAGUGAUAAUUGAGCCUACAGGGAUGGUUAAUUUUGCAGACCAGGCUGGCUUCCAGCAUUGUUUCAUAAAUUAGCUCAAAAGGUUAUGGAAACUCUACUUUCAUUUAAGAUUCCUUGAUCUUUUGUGCUGGUUUUAUUGAUUUUUGACAAAUUACACUGAGGAAAACCAACGAGGCGGAAGCUCUACUCUUUAACAUGUUCACUGGUCCACUUAAGUACUUGAUUAUAAGGUUUUUGCUGUGGAAAACAGUGAAGUUAGAAUAUCAUCCAAAUUGAUUGGACAAUUUACUACAAAGGUGCCUGCUGUAUUUUUGUCCAGUUUCAAUGAACGGGUCAUUUUACUAGCUGUUAUAAUUAAAAGGAAUUUUGUGGUAUCCACUGAAUGACUUAAAUUGUUUUAAUAUUCAGGGAAGGGUAAGUUGUGAAACCUAUUUUCAAAAUGUAUUUGUAAAACUUUUGCCAUAAUUCAGCUGUUUUGAGUUAGUUAUUUACUUUUUUUACAGUUUGAAGAUAUGUACUAUUUUGUGUAAAAUGCUGAAAAGAUUACCUUUACAUUUCCAGUAUGACACCAUUACUUGUGCCUGUUACAAAACUUGUAGGGUAGUAACUGCUGUUUAAAUCUGUCACUCAGUUAGUUUACUAAUAUUGAGCAGCAGCCAUGCCAGAAAGUUCCUGUUAUGGCUUCAUUUGUGCUACUGUCUUUUGAAGCCUUCUAUUCAAUUUUAAAACAUUAAACAUUUGUAUUCGGUUUGAAUUUUACUUUUGUUUGCUGCUGUAAAAUUCUGGAAUCUUUGCAAAAAAGUCUUAUUGCCUUUACCUUUUAACAAAACAAGUAGAACAGCAAAAAUGUUAUAUUCAAAGCUUAGUUUGCAGUUUUCCUUCAGCAAAAGGUUUAACUCACUGUUACCAUGUUUCUUACAAUACAUUGUUUCAUUUUUUGCAGAGUAGCCUACAGUGACCAAUUUUGGAUAGAUGUAACUUAAUACAAUAUCUUGAAAUCUUACUUGAAAUACAAGCAUGUUUCAGAAUUGCAUGCAAGACUGAUAAAUUGAGUUAUUGGUGUUCACAUCACCUCUGCUUCCUUAAAUCGAGAGGGGAAUUUAAGUUUGAAUCAGACAUUACUUUAAUGACUAUUUCUGAAAUGUGAACUUUAGGUUAAACUCUCCUGUUUUAUGGUAUUUGAAUGUAAUAUUUUAAUGUUGACACAAGUUUGUCCUUUAAAGAAAGGACAUAAUAUUGCUGUAUGUGAUAUACCACAUUGGAUUGAAAACAAAUGAGCAAAAGAAAUAAUUUGCACCAACUAAUGUAUAAUUUUUAAGUGACAAGACAAAUUGAUUGACCUAUUCAUAUGCUAAGUCUAGAUUUCAGAUUCAUACUUGUUAAUACUGAAGGAAAACAAUAUUUGCUUUGACCUUAUUCGGUUAAAUCUUAAUAUUUUGUGUUCUGUGAAUUGGCUAACUGUUAAAGCUUACAUCCUUUAGACAUUUUAGUUUGGGAAUUUUAACUCUUCCAGCAAUAAGUCUCAUUGUCUUUACAGAUUUUUAAUACUUGUUAUUUCCACUCUAUGGUAAGUCUAGUAAAUUAAAAUGUCAAAUUGAUAUACAUGAAAAUGGGGUUUCUGUCCCCAUAACAGUUUUGCAAAAAACUGAACAUAAUGUGAACCCUCAGUGUAGGUGUUAAUUUUUUAAAGAAUGUUUUAAUAUUAUAUCACAUUCCUCAUUGGUUAAAAGGUGCUGUUAUUGCUUGAAGAGUUAAAGAUGUACAGAGAUGUUUGUAGCGUACUUCAUAGCAGUGACUCCUUAAUUUAUUGACAACCUGGAAUCAUAUUUUGUGGUCCUUUUUCACGUCAAUAAGUCUUUUUUUGAACAAGUGUUUUUCCUUGAGCUUUAAAUGAUGCACUCUUGCCAUUUAUACUGGAAAUGUUUUUGUCAAAUUUUCACUUCCUGACAAAAACAUUAAACUGAUGAACCUCGGCUAAUCAGUAUUACUUUGUAGAUCUCAGCAUCUGCUUGUUUAAUAAGCCGAUGCUUUUUAUUAUCAAGUUGCAUUUUAAUUGGGGUUGUUUGCAUUACCCUCAGCUUGCUGGUAAUAGUGAUGUAUUUUGUGUAAUUUUUUUAUUUUAUGCAUAUGUGAUGUAAUAUUCAUUCUUUGGAUCAGAGCUGGACUGAAAAUGUAAUGUAAUUAUUUGUGCUGUUCUUAUUAUUAUGUUAUUUGGUACUUCUUAAAUUGUAAAUAACGUCUACUGCUGUUUUAUUCCAGUUUCUACUACCUCAGGUGUCCUAUAGUUUUCUUCUACCAAAGUACACUUUCACAAUGAAACUAUAUUUGCUAUGUGACUGUAAUUUCUAAAACUUCCAGGGCUUAAGGGCUAACUUCUAUUAGCACCUUACUGUGCAAGCAAAUUUUUAAAAAAGAAAAUCUCUGGGGUUGAAAGAUUGGUUAAUUGUAUCCUUUGUAAUUUUAAAUAUAUCAAAUAUUUUAAUUAUUGAAAUUUUUACCCCAUUUUGAAACAUUUUAUAGCAUAAUUUGGACCUAUUUUGGUGUUUUUGUCUUUCUAGUAAAUAAAAGGUUUUUUGGAACAA